GUAAAUUGUUGAAGCUAGGGUCGCUGAAGGAACCUACAGAAGUCCAUUCAUCUAAAAUGCUAAGACAUGCAAUCUCUAGGAUCUCCACUUCAUGGCUUAAACUAAAAGCCAUGUGGAGAUCAUUUGAGUUCAUAUUCAUUUAUUUCUUGAGUCAGGGGUUUACCAUUGGCCAGCCCUUAUUAUUCUGGUAAGAAAUUUUUUUUUAUUACUUCCAGUUGGGGAAGCUAUCAACUCUCAUCCUCCCUGGUAUUUAAGCCGGGACUUUCUGAUGUGUGCCGUGUGUAUCCUGCUUCUCUUGCCACUGUGUCUACCAAAGACCUUAAAAGUUCUUAGCUAUUCAAGUGUACUUGGAACAGUUGGAGCAUUUUUUGUUUGUGCAGUAGUUACUGUCAAAUAUGCUGAAGGGUCUCAUGUAGUUAGUAAAGAAUUUAUUGAAGUAAAGUUGCCAUGGACAGAGGCAUUUGCUGCAGUUCCAAUAAUUUGCUUUGGUUUUCAGUGCCAUGUACCUUCAGUAGCUGUGUAUGCAGAACUCAAACGAGCAAGUGUACCUAGAUUUGGAAUUGUUGUCAUCAUCGCAAUGGCAAUUUGUAGUACAGCUUAUUCAAUUACAGCUUCAUUUGGCUACUUAACGUUUGGCACAGCAGUUAAGAGUGAUGUGCUUUUGAGUUAUGACUCUCAUGAUGUCUUGGUGAAUAUUGCAAGAGUGAUGAUAUCUGUCAUAGUUUUGUCAACAGGAGCAAUGGUUGUUUUUUGUGGAAGGAGCUGUCUGGAGGGAUUGUAUCUGGCAGCCUUCAGAAUGCCUCCAUCUUUUGCUGAAACGAAUGAAUCCAGACGACGGGUUGUACAAACAUUAGUGUGGUUCACAUCGUCCCUAAUUAUUUCCGUUUAUGUAAAAGACAUACAAUAUGCUGUAACUCUUAUUGGUGGGCUGGCAGCAUUGUUUAUUUUUUUCUUUCCAGGCAUAUGUCUCGUUCAAGAAAUGCUUCAGUACUCAUUUCUCACAACCACAAGAAAGUUGUCAAUUGUCCUUGGUCUCUGGUAUGUUGUUGUUGGAGUGUUUAUAUUUGCAGACUCUGAAGUGUUUGCCAUAAUGCAGGACAUCAAAGGAAACAGCUUGUACUAAGCUGACCACUUGCUUCAAGGUAGCAUCUUCAUGUUUCUGUGGUGCCCAGCCGUUACUUUGCCAGCAUGCCCUGAUGACAAACCAGUUCACACUACAAGUGCAGGAAAACAAACUCUGAAUGCCUGAUUAUAAUGAACAAACUUUGUCAAACAAGCCAUUUGAUCACAACACAGACACUACACUUUAUCACAUGCUUUGAACUUUACAUGAAAUACACAAAAAAAUCGGGAGUUUGUUAAACUGAAGUUAGAUUGUACCAUGUCAUGAAUUCUAUUCUGCAGUGUUUACAAGACCACACUUAGGAGAAUAAGUGUAACACUAGUCUUUUAUAUAGACCAUUGUAUUAUUUGUAAAACCUGCAGCCAUAAUUCCUAGAUUUGGAAUAAGAAUACAUUAAUUUACAUAAGUAAUUGUAACACAAGGAUCUGUUGAUCGUAACAGGGGUGACAACUCCAAUUACUAUGGGCAGUAUCACAAAGCAGUGAAGAUUGUUUCAAAAAUUCAGUGUAUUAAUCUCUAGUUUUCCAGAAAAGGGUUUUAUUAUAACUAUUCUCAUUAAUUUCUUUAAAUUCUCAGCAAACAUUUUCUGUUCUGCUGCAAGUGUUUAUCAGAGUUGUCACCGUCUGUGAUACUCCCUCAAAAUUUAUUGGGAUGGGUAUAUGCUUUCAGAGUAAUAUUCAUUUAUAGCUAUUUAUUUUGUUAGUCCAUACAAUACUUUUGGGUGUCCCUUUUGUCACAUUCAACAAAAAUAAUUACAGUUAAUAUACUUGUACUUAUUACUUGAUAUUUUAGUAACUCGCUAUUGUAGUAAAAUAUCAUUGGCAUUCUUAGGUACUAAGGGUUAAUCUCACUGUGAACAAGGUUUACUUUGUUAUUUAUCAUUAAAUGAAAUGUGUUACUGUUCCUACAGUCACCAAUUUAUUAAGAACUAGAACAUUGUUUCCAAUUUUUAUGAAACUGUGGUUAAAAAUUCAAAACAAAAAAGGAAAAUCAAAAGGGAGAUCAUUGUUAAUGGUUUUUUGAAUGUUUCCAAAUUGGUUUAAUUGGGUAGGUUUAUAAGAAGGGUAACUAUUGUGU